CACAAAAAAAUGUAACAAAGUCAAUGGUGUAUAGUUUUCUCCCAACUCCACGUAAAGUAUAUAAAACACAGAAGAAAACUCUCAUUCACACACACAAUUUCAUAUAACAAAUUAACACACAGUUUUCUGCAAGUAAGAGAGAUCAUAAUCAUAUCAUUAGUAAAUAGUAAGUGAUGCAGGUUGUGAGAAGGAUUCCAUCAGGAGAAGGUGCAGAGAUGCGCGAGAGAUCAGAGACGACACGGGUCAGACGUAAGAGUCACGUGUCGAGUCUGAGAGUUCGACAACCUUGCACGUGUUCAGGACGGCCUGGCUCUGCCAAGUGCGUGCGCCACGGGUUUGUGGUGCCAACCGAUGAGAAGCUUAUGCGGAAGGCGAGCGACGGAAACAGAGAGGUGGUUAGGAGAGCGUUGACGCCUCCUAUCCGGCGGAUGAAUCUCCGGUGGUUGAAUUUCCGGCCAACACCUAGCCGUCUCUGUAAAAUGUCUUUCCUUUGAUCAUAAAAAUUGAAUCUUUUUUUCUUUUGGGUUUGAUUGUAAUUUGUAAAUAAAAAUGAGAACUUUUUUUAUUACAGUAA